UCUUCCCUAAUCUAACUAGGAAGCUUGCAAGCUUUGUUGAUAAGUUACUUUUUUUUGGGUGUAUUCACUAUAUUUUUCACUAAGGUCAAUUCCUUUGUUAUGUAGUUCAUGCUUUUGGUACAUAAUGCCUUGUUCUCUUGCUUGCAUUUCUAGAAAUUUGAUGCAUUAGCAUGGUUAAAAAUCACCUUGCAUGAAUGAGCAUGGAGUCUCUCAAAUGUAUCAUGUGAAUUAAUUUUACUGCAGCAGGAAAAUUUAGUGGAUUCUUUUGUUUCUUCCAUUGAAACUGGACUUAUUUUGUGCAGUAACCAUGGCCAAUGUGCGAUCAUCAUGUUCGAUGUCACAGCCCGUUUAACAUACAAAAAUGUUCCUACGUGGCACCGUGAUUUCUGCUGGUGCAUUUUCUUUGAAGCCUCAACUAACUUUUUUAAAGCUUUUCCAGUUAUUAUCACCAACAUGCUUUGAUAGCACAUUUGACAUUGAUGCAGGGUUUGCAAUCAGGGUUUGUGAGAACCUCCCCAUUGUUCUAUGUGGCAACAAGGUUGACGUCAAGAACAGGCAGGUGAAAGGAAAGCAGGUUACUUUCCACCGAAAGAAGAAUCUCCAAUAUUAUGAGAUUUCUGCUAAGAGCAAUUACAAUUUCGAGAAGCCUUUCCUCUUAUCUUGCUGGGAAGCUUGCAGGGUAAUGAAGAAAAAUCUAUUCCUUCUUUUGAUUGAAGAUCAGAUAUUUACUUUUGAUUCUGUAGUUGAUUCAGAUUUUACCCAGGUUCGGAGCUCAGAUCAUACACAGUCAACUAAAGUUCUGCAUCUAGCUUUAUACAAAUUUAGACUAUAUUUAAAUUUGAAUUUGAAUUUGUUUAUGGAUUCUUUUCUGGCAGGAUAUAUGCAUUGCUUUGGAGCUUAUAUGUAUCUCAUGGAUGACAAGGACAAGGAAUUGUUGAAACUCUACAAUUUUGUCUGUGCCUCCGCCUGCAAUUUUUACAAGGCCAUUAUGUUGAUUGGGAAGGAGGGCAGUAAGGGCUAUUGGAAAGGCUAUCUAGCACAGGAGGUGGCAACUGGAGAAAAUGGGUCGGACUCGAGCCUGGAUUUUGGACUGGGAAAAGUUACUGAUCUAAGAAUCAAGCAGCUGCAUUCAGACAUUACAUAUCUUAUUGCAAAGCAAGAAUCAAAGUUAGCUUUGGGGAAUGGUUCUUUUGUAGAAGUUGUUUUACGUUUGGGAACAUAUGAUGGAAAAUCUCAACCUGAGGUUGGAGAUAGCUAG